AUGACAUCUUAUGUUGUCGUGGACACAGUCUCUGGAAUAAAACGAGAAAACGACCGCAAGUAUGGACGCCAUGAAAAGAAUCUUGUCCUGUUACCGUAUCAUGAGGAACUCACCUGUGAAUUGGACGCUCGAUUUGAUCACAUAAAACACGGAAUUGUAACAGCAGUUCUUGUUAACGAGCAACGACCAGCACUAAGGAACUUUAUAUUCGCUCUUAAAACGUAUCUCUCAGUCUAUGGAUUUCGCUUCUCUAGAGAGGAUCACCUUCAGCUAAUUGAACUGCUUUACCUCAUACUUGUGAGAAAACACCAGUGGCAUGAUAUCGUUGCCUAUACAGCUAAAACUCUAGAGGACCUGGCGAACAAAUGUUACUUUGGUUACAAAGAUCUGCUAUUGGAUUGGGAGCCUUUAUUUGACUUAUACUACGCUUCAAACUACGGAAAGCUCAAUGAGGAAAUUGAAGGAACAAAUCUGCGUAACGCUGUCUUUUUGAUAAAAAGAUUUUAUCGACCAUCAGAUACUCCAAAAAUUUGGGACAAGGUUGGUUUACAUUCUUUCUGA